GUUUUUUGAGAUAAGUGUUCGGUGUCUUGGGUGAUUGUUUUUAUUUUAGUGACUUGUGUUAGUGCCUACUUUCAAAUAUGGGAGAUUUUAUAAUGUACUGUGGAUUUUAAGUGUUUUUUGGAUUACCUUUCUUUUUAUGUUGACAAAAAUGAAGGGGAAAAUACGGUUGUGGUGGUGGCCGACUCUUCUCCUUUGUGCGGUUCAUACGACAUGGGGGUUUGAAGAAGAAAAAUGUAUAAAAGAUGAAGAAGAGGUCUACCCCAAGAAGUACUUCCAGUACUUGGAGAAUGAGAAAUCGUUGACCAUAAACCUAGAUACGUCCAACCGCAUCACGCACCAGCUCAGCACUCACAUCUUCUACAUCUACGUCAAAGAAGUGCUCGGCUACCCCAAGGUCAACAUCACCUUCAACGAGGACCACUUCCAGAUCGAGUCUGCCAUAGAGAGGCUCAGCGAUUACGUGGAUCGCAACAAGACGAUACCGGAGGCCACCAUCAACCUGGAGGUGUGGGCCAGCCCCGACUACGACACCUUCGCCAAGGACCUGGUGAAGGAGUGCGGCAGCGUUGGGCCGCCUGGCCGCUUCGGCUGGUUCAUCCCCAAAACUCUAUCGGGGCCGGUUAGGAGGUAUUACGGCCCUGCGGCGUGGACCAACAGCAUCCAGGAGGUGCACUGGACGCUGUUCUUGGACAGGCAGUUGGUGAGCUUUUUCAAUGUGGAGAGAGACGUGCUGGAUAGGAUCGAACGGGAAAUAUUCCGUAUGGAUCAAUCCAAGUACAUCUGUAACAAUUCGACCUUAUGCCGCAACAGCAUGUACACCCCCAAACAAUGCCGAAACCAGACCUGCGCAGUCCUGCUGGCCCCCGAGUUCAACUCCACCAGCUUCCUCAUCGACCAGAUCCAAGAGACGGGCCUCCUCAUCAAGGUGCUGUGGCUGGGCGAUCACCUCCAGGCGGUCAUCGAGCACCUCAAAGAGAGAUACGGCAGCGACAACAGGAGGAGCCUGCUGUUCUUCUACUGGUACCCCAGCGAGAUAGUGCUGCAGGAGGAGAACUACAUCAACGUGCAGUUCAAGAACAACGAGUUCUACAACUUCACGCACGAGAAGACGGUGGGCUACAAGUACGAGAUGCACAGGCUGGUCAAACUAGCCUGGGAGAAGGUGGCGAAGAACGCAGAACCUCUCUAUCUGGGCCUCAGGCACUUCAAAUUAGAUGAGAAGGACUACGAUUUCCUGUUGAGGCGGUACGUGGAGGUCAAAGGCAACGUGAAGGACGCGAGGAGGAAUGUGACAGACGUGAGGCGGAUCGCCUGCGAGUGGAUGCAACAGAACAAAGAGGUGUGGAACAAUUGGAAGGGGUACAACACGAAGCAGAAGAUCUACAUCGGGGGGAUUUUUCCGAUGAUGGCCACGUCGUACAACGGCAAAGGGAUAGCCGCGGCUGCUUUGAAGGCGACUAAGGCGAUCAACAGUAACGAUAGCCUGCUGAAGGACUACGAACUGCGGCUGAUCAUCAGCGACGGCAACUGCCAGCCGGACGCCGUCAUGAAGAACUUCAUCGACUUCAUCGCCGACGGUGAGUACUACAAGAAGAUGGUCGGCGUGCUGGGGCCUGCCUGCUCGGAGACCGUGGAGCCGAUCGCCGGCGUCUCCAAACACUACCGCGUGCUGAUCGUGUCUUACAGCGCGGAGGGGGCCAGCUUCUCCGACCGGCUCAAGUACCCCUACUUUUUCCGGACGAUCGGCGAAAACCAGCACUACAAGCACGUGUACAUGUCGCUGUUCAAGCGUUUCGGGUGGAAAAGGGUGGCCGCCCUCACCGAAGACGGGCAGAAGUACACCGAAUACAUAUCGCUGAUGAGCGACGAGCUGGAGAAGAACGGGAUCAAGUUCAUAGCGAACAAGAAGUUUCCCAGGGAAAAGAGCAACGAAGACAUGAAAUACUAUUUGGCCGAUCUGAAGAGCAAACGCGCGCGCAUCAUCAUCGCCGAUGUGGUGGACAGUGUUGCCAGGACCGUGAUGUGCGAGGCGUACAAGCAGGAUAUGACAGCCGUGCAGGGGUACGUGUGGUUCCUGCCGGUAUGGCUGGACAACAGGUGGUACGACACCGACUACUACAACGCCAAGCUCAAGGAGGUCAUCAACUGCACCACCAAGGAGAUGAAAGAGGCCAUCACUGGUUACUUUGCCAUGACGCACACAUACUAUGCCGACAACGAUUCCAUGAUGCAGGAAGGCAUCACAGUUGGAAAAUGGAGGGAACAGAAUAGUGUGAACUCAUCGAACUAUGCAGGCUUCGCUUACGAUGCCGUUUGGACGUAUGCUUUCGCAUUGAACAAUCUCUCGAAGACGGAUCCUGAGGCCAUGUCCAAUCUGCAUACGGAAGUCACAACCAAUAAGUUGGUUCGUUUGGUCGAAGCCACGGACUUUCAAGGCCUUUCCGGCCGCAUCAAGUUUCGCGGCGGUCCAUCCAGAUUCUCCAUCAUCUCCAUCGUCCAGUGGUACGACGACACGCUGAACACCAUCGGGUAUUUCCAUCCGAAUCUGACCAACGACAAACCCGAGAUCUUGGGAGGGAAUUUGCAGUUGAACGACACGGCCUUCAAGUGGUUCACGCCCGAUGGGCGGGUGCCCGCUGACGGCACUUUACCGCCGCCCUCGUGCGCCGUCGAAGGUCUUGCGCGGGCCUUCGACGUCGAGUGCCAGACGGCCGUCAUCAUCCUCAAUGUGAUCGUCGCCGGCGUCCUGCUGCUCGGCGUCGUCGGCGUCUGCUUCUACAUGAAGCGGAAGUACGACAGGAAGGUGCAGAAGACCAAGAACUACAUGAAAGCCUUGGGCAUCCCGUUCGAUCCGAGACACUGCAGCGACCUCGACAAGUGGGAGAUCCACCGGGAAUCGGUGGUCAUCAACCGGAAACUGGGCGAGGGAGCGUUCGGUACCGUUUACGGCGGAGAAGCGAACCUCCGCGAAUCAGACACCAUUUGGACAGCCGUGGCCGUGAAGACCCUGAAGAUGGGCUCGACAGCCGAGGAGAAACUGGACUUCCUAUCGGAGGCCGAGGCGAUGAAGCGCUUCGACCACAAGAACAUCGUCAAGCUGCUGGGCGUCUGCACCAAGGACGAGCCGGUCUACACCAUCAUGGAGUUCAUGCUGUACGGCGACCUCAAGAACUAUCUGCUGGCGCGCCGACAUCUGGUCAAGUCGAAGAACGUCGACGAAUCGGAAGAGGUGUCCUCGAAAAGACUGACCAACAUGGCAAUGGACGUAGCCCGUGGCCUCAGCUAUCUGGCCGAGAUGAAGUUCGUCCAUCGGGACAUAGCUUCGCGAAACUGCCUCAUCAACGCGCAGCGCACCGUCAAAAUAGGCGAUUUCGGCAUGACUCGCGCCAUGUUUGACAACGACUACUACAAGUUCACCAGGCGGGGCAUGCUUCCCGUACGCUGGAUGUCGCCCGAGAGCCUUGCCUUGGGCGUGUUCACGCCCGCUUCGGACGUGUGGAGCUUCGGCGUGCUGCUCUACGAGAUCAUCACCUUCGGCAGCUUCCCCUUCCAGGGCAAGAGCAAUGCGCAGGUGCUGGAGUUGGUCAAGGAGGGGCACGUCCUGGAUAUACCGAAGGGCGUCAAACCGCAGCUAGUCGGCCUGAUCAAAUCCUGUUGGAAGCAGGAAUCCAAAGAGCGACCUACCGCCUCGCAGAUGGUCGAGUUCUUCGCGAACAACCCUCGAUUGCUCUCCCCCUGUCUUGACGGGCCGAUCUCCUCUGUGCAGAUUGGCGAUAGCGACCAGCUCGACAUCGGACGCAAGUGUAACGAGUCGUCGAAGGUGUCGCCUAGCAAGUCGGCGAACGGGUCAGCUUUCCGCACACAGAAUUCCAUGUUCGAAGACGAGCGCGAGCCUGACAACAUACCCAUGGAGGUCUGUUGCCCGAAAGAGCCUCUAUUAGGUCAAGGCAAGUCGAGCAGUUCGAAUUUGCUGAGUCGGCUGGUGGUCGGUAGCAGCAGAAGGGAGUCUGAGGAUGACGACGAGUAUCUGAACCAAAACGUCUCCGACAUCAGGCAGGAUAAUACGAACGUGUGAAUCGUUGUCGAGGAUGGUACAAUGGACUUGUGGAAUAGGAUUUUUUACGAAUAUUCGGAUCUAAGAGCUGUAAAUAUUAACUAAUUUUAAGAACUAGAUAAUCGGGCGUUAGUUCGGAAGGAAAACGCAUUUUUUCACGGGACUUUUCUUUACAAAGAAUUUCAGUCCACAGAACGAUUUGCCAAUCAUCAUCGAUGACUUCUAAAGUGUACUUGAUUAUUAUUUUUUGAAAUUAAUACAUACCACAAGACGUGUUCAUAUGAGAUUAUCUGUUUAUUCAAUAUGAAGACUUGUUAUUGUAUUUUCCUUCCAGAACUGUUCGUUUCUUCAAUCCGACUCAAAUAGAAUCGUCACCAUAGUGGAAACAAAAUUGUUGAAUAGUACCAAUAAUUACUGUCGCAUAUAACUAUUUUUGAUAUGGAUGUUUUACAGUCCUUUCCAUAAUUUUAUUUUUUUUCUAGUCAACGAUUUUCAGCGAGAAAUGAGACUUUUUUUUACAGUGCAUCACAAUAAUAGUAUUACUUUUCCAUUUUAAUCCAACAAACGCAAUACCUAAUGAUUGUAAAAUAAUGCAUCUGCUUAGAUGUAACGGAAAUGGGCUCUCAGUGAAUACCUACCUAUCUUAUCAACUGUCAGCUCUGAUUGAGAGACUUCCACAGGGUGUUGCUGCAUUCCAAGUAACGGAAGUCUGUGGCAGAUUCCUUC